CCUGAGCUAUCCAUCUUCGGCCUCAACUGACUGAAGGGCACACCAGUUCCUACUAAAGACAGGGUCGAGUGUAGAGGCAGAAUCACAUAUUUAUCAAACAUGGGCGGUCACGACGCAGGGACACAACACCAGUUCACUGGCCUCGCUAAGUACUUCAACGCAUGGACCAUCACGGGCAGGAGGAACUGUGUGCUGGCAACAUAUGCUGGCAUUGCAGCUAUUGUCCUCAUCUUCAAGCUGAAGCCCAAGAAAGAGAAGGCCAUCAAGUCUAGCUAAUUUAAUGAUUUCUGUUUUUGUUUUGCUCCGUUGUAUGGAGGAUUGGAUUCCACUGUCCUUGUGCUGACGCCAUCUCUGCUGUUGCAGCAUGUUGAUAAUAAAGGAUGUAUGAAACGUC